ACUUUAAUCCACUUUUUACUUGACCUAAAUUGUAGAGCAUUGUGGGACUAUUGCACAAGGAACAUGGCCGACGUGAAGGUUGGCGAUGUCCUUAAGGAGUUUUCGAAAUCGAUCAACACUUCAAAGGUGAAUGAAAGAAGAAAAAUAUUUGCAGCGGUCACCACAUGUGUUUCCAGACCUGAAUUCACAGAGGCUGCUGUCAAGGGAGUGAUUAAGCUUCUCACUUUCACAUUACUAAGAUACCAUGAUGCUAAAUCAAGACAUGUUGUAAAAGAACUGCUUCGAGCAUUAGCAGAGAAAUAUCCAGAAGCCACAGCAAAACAGCUGUAUUCUGCCUUGAAAGAUGAAGCGCAGGCCCAGCUUAAGAAUAAAGAUUCCAGUCAUCACAUGGCUACAGUGAGUUUAGUAUGCCUUACUUGGAUCACCAUAGCUAUCAGAUAUGGGCUGAAGACUAAGGUUGCGAGUGCAGAAAAUGAAUUCAAGAACCUGGUGAACUUGCAGAUAGCAUUUAUCUAUGGAGCAUGGGCUUCAAAGAAAUCUAUGAGGGAAGCAGCUUACAAAAGAAUGAAGGUGAUAUGGCAGGAGGUUCCAGACUCUGCAAUUGCCUAUGCUGAUUUUUUGACUGCAUCAGAACCAGACAACUACAAAUUCUGCAUGGUGGCCUGCCUGGUCAGAUACUGGACAAAGAGGAAAGAGAUGGACACACUGACCAAAUAUAAGGGUCACUUUGUAGAACAGUACCUAAAGGGAGUGCUUGGCAGCAGAACUAAGCCUGCAGUGCAUCUUUUGGAAAGCUGUAAAGAAUUUUUAAGACACAUCAGUCAUGAGGACUUCAAAGAUAAAAUUCUACCAGCAGUACAGAAGGCAAUGCUUAGGAACCCAGAAAUUGUACUACAAGCUUUUAGCUACAUGCUAGGUGGUGUGACAUUGGACCUGAGCUCAUAUGCAGCAGAGGUGGCCAAACCUAUAGCAACUCAGUUGCAUUCUAUGCAAGAUGAGACUAGGGCUGAGGCAGUGGAGGCCUGCAAGCACCUUGCUAAGCAGUGCAGUGACCCAGGAGCUGUAGAAAAUGUGGUGAAAUAUCUCUUUGCAGUUUUUAAUGGAUCUGAAGGGAAACUAACAGUGGCUGCCCAGAGAAUCAGUAUGUUGAGUGGUAUUGGGAACAUGAGUGAUAACUCUGUUAGUGGCACCAAUAGUGUACAGAGCCUGAGUGGCAAUGUGGCUGAACUCUUUAUCCCUGUACUGCAACAGGAAGUCCAUGAAGGCACACUGGUCCACACUUUAUCUGAGUUGUCCAAGUGGUGCAUGAAGUUCUCAAACCAAGUACCAGAGAAACUGAUUGAAUGGUUCAAGAAAGGCCCAGGAUUGAAGACAUCCACUUCUGCUGUUAGAAACAUGUACAUUCGGUGCAUGAAUGCAGCUUUCAGUGGUGACACAUUAAUCCAGGGUCUUCCUCUGCUGCCAUUUCUGCUGCAAACCCUUGAGAAAGCCAGCAGUCAGCCCACACAAACCCACCUGGUCACAGAGGCAGUGUCUGCUGCCUGUCUCCUCAUCAGAAUCUCUCUAGCUGAUGUGGAAGUUGAAUCAAAAUUAGGACAGUUCUGGACAAUUAUUCUGGAUUCUGAGAAACAGCUCUUUCUUAAUGAAAAAUUCCUCUCAUCAGCCUCAGAUGAUACUUUGCAAUCCCUAGUCACGCUGACAGAGAGACUGAUUUUAGACCACCCACAGAGGGUCACAGAUAAAAUUUCACAAGCAUAUUACCGUGCGUUGAUAUAUGGUCUAACACAUGGUACAUGGCAGUUAAGGAAACAUUCCAAGGCCAGUGCAAGGAAGCUCCUUAGUAUCUUAGGUGGUGCCAAAAUAGCUGUGGGACUUGUCCAGGAAUUCAGGAAGCUGUUGGCUGAACAGAAGGUAGAAGAGCUGAAGAAAUAUAUGGAGAAUGAGGAGCUUCCAUCUGACUCUAAAUCCAUACCACCACGUAUUCUAUACGAGUGCCUGCUCACUCUGUGUAGUGUCCCUGGAGCUGAUACCAUGGAAGCCACACUCCUGGCUGUAGAAGUGCUAGAAGAUGCUCAUCAUCCAGCCAUAAUGUUGCACAGAAAUAACCUGUGGACAGAGAUAUUGGGGAAACUCAGUUUGGAUGCUGCACAGUUUGUCAUUGCUAACAUUGAUGGAUUGUGCAAGAAAAUUGAGAACGAUCAAGUCCUGACUCAGGGCCUACUAAGUGCAAUAAGUACUCUGACCAGACUGGAGCCGAGGGUGGCUGUUCCUCGCCUGGUGGGCCACGUCCUCACACUGUGGUCCAACCCUGGGCUGGUGACUGUCACAGUGCAGGAGUACAUGAUCAUGAACACUCCAGAGGGAGAACUGUAUGACAAGUCUGUGAUACAAAGUGCUGCCCAAGAAAAGGUGACAAAUAUAAAGAGGGAAAGCAAGCUUUACUCGUAUGCAGAGCAGAUGGCAGAAAUUGAGCUCAGGAAGGAAAUAGAAGCCAAGAAUCGUGCCAAAGGAAUUAUAGAAGAACCUAAACUGACAAAGAAGCAACAGGAAUUGAAGCAAGCACAACUUGAAAAGGAGUCCCAGAUCAGAAAAUCUCUCAAAGAGUUGGACCUCCAACUUGAACAUGCCUGUAGUAUUGUGAGUGCCAGUAUAAAAGGAAGCCCUGCAGGCACCAGGCGCUAUAUCCCCACACUGGUGGAGGGAAUGUUACCACUGUUCUCCUCACCCCUGGCUGCUCCCAGAAUAGCUGCCAACUUUACAGAACUGGCCAGUGCAGCAUUUCAGGGGGGAAAGAUUAAUUUAGGAUUACUUAUUGGUCAUGCCACCUUGCGUCUACUGGCCCCUUCCUGUGAGCUGAACAAAUGGUGGUGCAUAGAAGAUCUCAAGUCUCAAGUGACCCGUGCUGUGGACAUUCUGUAUCAGAUUAUUGUGGGUGAUCAGAAGAAAGGAGAGUUUGGAAAGGGGCAUCCAUUCCUUGGCACCACCUUUGCGUAUUGCUUCCAUUUGCUCAAGAAGGUGUUGAUGAAUAGCUAUGGAGAUGUUGUGCAGCUUAAGGCACUGGGGAUCAUUUGUGAGCAGGCACAAGUGCGCAGUGAAGAUGAAAAUAGUGAGGAAGGUCCAGGUCUUCUUCCAAGAACAGCCAUGUUUGAGACCCUGAUCAAGGUGAUAGGCACCCACUCUGGUAAGGUCCAGCACCUGGCCAGUCGAGCCACUCUGGACCUGGCCAUGGCUGCCAGUGGACAGGAGGGCUGUGCUAUGGCUGACCAGAGUGAGGUGAACAUCUUACUCCAGGGCCUGCAGGUGUCCACACUGGCAGUGAGGGAGGUGGCAUUACAGAGUUUGCAAGCCAUGGUAGAGGUUCUCCCCACACCAGAUGUUGAGAGAGAGCCUGGUUUAGAGCUUUGUAGGAGGAUAUGGGUGGCCAAGUUUGAUGUAGACGAGGGCAAUCAGAAGAUGGCAGAAAGGUUAUGGACAGAGGCAGACCUCCAGUUGGAGGAAGAACUGUGUUCCCUGCUCCCUAAUGAUGUCAUCCAUUCAGAGGCUGUGAUCAGAGAGGCUGCUGCAGAUGCUCUGGCAGCUGCUCUGAAGGAAUUUCCAGAACAAGUACCUUUGGUUCUGGAGCAACUGAUGGACAAGUACAGGGAGAAGCUCUAUCUUGCCCCACCUGUCCUAGAUUCUUUUGGCCGUGUGAUCUCGGAGGGUCCUCCUGAUGAGUGGCCAGCCAGGAGUGGCAUUGCUUUGGCACUGAGCAAACUGUCCCCUCUCCUCACUGAGGACCAGAUUGAGCCACUGUUCUCAUUCUUUGUCCCUGACGGCCUGGGAGACAGAAAUGGGGAGGUCAGGCAGAAUAUGUUGGUGUCUGCUGUGGCAGUCAUUAAUGGACAUGGGAAGGACAAUGUGGAUAUCCUGCUGCCAGUGUUCCAGGAGUUUCUUGCCAAAGCUCCAGACUCUGCUGGCUAUGAUGCAGUGCGCCAGAGUGUGGUCAUCUUGAUGGGGUCGCUGGCCAAGCAUCUGGACAAAGAUGACCCUCAGGUCAAGCCAAUAGUGGCCAAACUUAUAGAAGCUUUAUCAACACCAUCACAACAGGUCCAGGAGGCAGUGGCUAACUGUCUCCCUCCACUGGUACCAGCCAUCAAACAGGAUGCUCCAGAACUAGUGCAUAAACUGCUGCAACUUCUCCUGGAGUCUGACAACUAUGGGGAGAGGAAGGGGGCAGCCUACGGACUGGCUGGACUGGUCAAAGGUUUGGGCAUUCUUGCCCUUAAACAGCUGGACAUUAUGACCACUCUAACUGAUGCUGUACAAAAUAAGAAGAGCCCAAGACAUAGGGAAGGUGCACUUUUUGCCUUUGAAAUGUUAUGUACCAUGCUUGGUCGGCUUUUUGAGCCAUAUGUUGUCCACAUUCUGCCUCAUUUACUACUGUGUUUUGGAGAUGGAAACCAGUUUGUCAGAGAGGCAGCAGAUGAUACAGCCAAGGCAGUGAUGACCAAGCUCAGUGCCCAUGGAGUCAAACUAGUCUUGCCUUCUCUCCUGGCGGCCCUGGAGGAGGACUCGUGGAGAACCAAGACUGGAUCAGUGGAGCUCCUGGGUGCCAUGUCACACUGUGCCCCCAAACAGCUGUCUGCUUGUCUGCCACAGAUUGUACCAAAGCUUGUAGAGGUUCUCACGGAUUCUCACCACAAAGUGCAAAAAGCUGGAGCUCAAGCUUUGAAGGAGAUUGGAUCUGUCAUUAGGAAUCCAGAAAUUCAAGAAAUUGUUCCAAUUCUAAUGGAUGCUCUUCAAGACCCCAACAAAAAGACCACAACCUGUUUGCAGACAUUGCUAGAAACCAAGUUUGUCCAUUUUAUUGACUCUCCAUCUCUGGCUCUGAUCAUGCCAGUGGUGCAGAGGUCCUUCCAGGACAGAUCCACGGAGACCAGAAAGAUGGCAGCACAGAUCAUUGGCAACAUGUAUUCACUCACUGACCAAAAAGACCUGGCCCCAUACUUGCCCAAUGUGAUCCCAGGUUUGAAGCAGUCUCUGCUGGACCCAGUGCCAGAGGUGAGGAGUGUCUCAGCCAAAGCUCUGGGUGCCAUGGUGAAAGGAAUGGGAGAGUCCAGCUUUGAGGAUCUGCUGCCAUGGCUGAUGCAGAUGAUGACAUCAGAGGCUAGCUCAGUGGACAGGUCUGGAGCAGCUCAAGGUUUAAGUGAAGUUGUUGGUGGUCUUGGCAUUGAGAGGUUGCACAAGCUGAUGCCAGAUGUGAUUGAGACUGCCGAGCGUCCUGACAUCGCACCUCAUGUCCGUGAUGGGUACAUCAUGCUGUACAUCUACCUGCCUGGAGUGUUUGGAGACGACUUCCUGGGCUAUGUUGGACCUCUCAUCCCAUCCAUAUUAAAAGCUUUGGCAGAUGAAUCGGAGUUCCUCAGAGACACAGCUCUCAAAGCAGGACAGAGAAUAGUGGCUAUGUAUGCUGACACCGCCAUUGAACUCCUGCUGCCAGAGCUAGAGAAGGGACUCUUUGAUGACAACUGGAGGAUCAGAUACAGCUCUGUGCAACUGCUGGGAGAUUUGUUGUACAAACUUUCAGGUGUGUCUGGAAAAAUGUCCACAGAAAGUGCGGGAGAGGAUGAUAACUUUGGAACUGAAGUAUCUCAGCAGGCCAUCAACAAAGUGCUUGGUUUGGAGCGUCGAAACCGGGUGUUGGCAGGUCUGUACAUGGGCCGCUCUGACACUGCACUGAUGGUGAGACAGGCUGCCCUCCACGUCUGGAAGGUGAUAGUGAGCAAUACACCCAAGACUCUCAGGGAGAUCCUGUCCACUCUGUUCACCUUAUUGCUGGGAUGUCUGGCCAGCACCAGUUAUGAUAAGAGACAGGUUGCAGCCAGGACUCUAGGUGAUAUUGUACGUAAGCUGGGAGAGCGUGUCCUGCCAGAGAUCAUCCCUAUACUGGAACAUGGACUGGAGUCUGACCAGAGUGACCAGAGGCAGGGAGUCUGCAUUGGACUCAGUGAGAUUAUGAGCAGCACCAGCAAGGAACAUGUGGCGGUGUUUGCAGACAGUUUGAUACCAACUGUACGUAAGGCUCUGUGUGAUCCUCUCCCUGAGGUACGACAAGCAGCAGCAAAGACAUUUGAUACGCUACACAACAACAUAGGAUCUAGAGCACUGGAUGACAUUUUGCCAGAUCUCUUGAAGAAAUUGGAUGAUGAGAUGUUAUCAGAGUAUGCUUUGGAUGGUCUGACACAGGUUAUGGCCGUGAAGAGCAGGGUGGUUUUACCGUACUUAGUGCCUCAGUUGACCAGUUCUCCAGUGAACACCCGCGCUCUGUCUUUCCUGUCUUCUGUGGCUGGAGAAGCCCUGGUAAAGCACCUGCACAAGAUCCUCCCGGCUUUGUUAUCUUCACUUAGCUCUAAGCUGGGUACAGAGGAGGAACAACAGGAGCUGGAGUAUUGCCAGGUAGUGGUGCUGUCUGUGACAGAUGACAAUGGCGUCAGGAUCACGUUAGAUGAACUGAUCCAGGCCUUUGGCAACUCGGAGCCAGGGAUACGCUGUGCUGCUGUCACCAUCCUGGAGGCUUUCUGUAGUAAAACUAAGGCAGACUAUUCUGAAUAUGUGCCACAGUUGUUGAGAGGAGUCAUUGGACUGUUUACCAAUACUGAUGAAAAAGUUCUGAAUGCUGCCUGGGCGUGCUUGAAUUCAGUCACUAAGAAAUUGGAUCCCACUGAGUGCCUGCAGCACAUAGGUAAUGUAAGACAGGCGGUGAAGUAUGCUGUAGCUGACAACAAACAGGAGGAGCUACCUGGAUUCUGCCUACUGAAGAAGGGAAUCACUCCAGUUUUGCCCAUUUUCCGAGAAGGUAUCCUAAACGGCCCCAUGGAGCUGAAGGAGCAGGCGGCAGUGGGUCUUGGAGAGGUCAUUCAGAGGACCAGUGCAGAGGCCCUCAAGCCAUCUGUGGUCAACAUCACUGGACCCCUGAUUAGAAUUUUGGGUGACAGGUUUGCCUGGAACAUCAAAGUGGCUGUGUUAGACACUUUGGGACUGUUGCUGGGCAAGUGUGGUCCAAUGCUCAAACCAUUCCUGCCCCAGCUACAAACCACAUUUGUUAAGGCUCUGCAGGACCCCAACAGGAAUGUCCGUCUGCGCGCUGCAGCAGCUCUCAGCAAGAUGAUUGUCAUCCAUGUGAAGGUGGACCCACUGUUUACUGACCUACACACAGGAAUUAAAAAUGCUGCAGAAACUGGAAUCAGAGACACCAUGAUGCAGGCACUUAGAGGCUGUAUAGCAGGAGCUGGUAAAAAGAUGAAUGAAGCCAACAAGAAGCAGAUCCUGGUGACCCUCCUGAACUCCAUCACGUCACCAGAGGACAGCACCAGGAUGUCUGCUGCGGGCUGUCUUGGGGCACUGUGUGGAUGCCUGGACGAUGAAGAGCUGAAGGGAGUGCUGGACCAACAUCUGCUUGAUGCUGAGUCUGGCCUUGAUUGGUUGGUCCGUCAUGGCCGCAGUGUGGCACUGUCUAUAGCAGUGAAGGAGGCAGCAGACAGAGUGAAGCAGGACACUAGCGUGGUGCCUAUUAUUCUGAAGAACAUUGGUGCUGACAGGAUCCCCAUUACAUUGAGUGGCCUGCGUGCAGCUGGGUAUUAUCUGGAACACCAGAUAAAGUCAGGAGAGCCCCUCAAUGAGGAAUUAGUAGCUGCGGUUUUAAAAGGCAUGAAGCACGAGUCCAACGAUGUGAAGCAGCUGACAGCACAAAUCCUCCGCCAUUUGUCCAAGUGUCGAGGCACACCAUUUGACAUGAGCCAGCUGAAGGUGUGGGUGCCAGUGGUGGUGAUGGGGACAAAGGAGAAGAACACAGGGGUCAGGGCAGACUGUGAAUAUACACUGGUCAGUCUACUGUGGAUGAGGCAAGGGGAAGAUGUAGUCAGGGCUGUAUUAGCUGCCUUGGAUGCUGGAAUGAAAGAUUCACUGACUGAGGUGAUCAAUAAAUCACUAAGAAAAGUUGCCACUCAGUCUGAGCCAGUAGAUGACCUUGAUGACACAAUGCUGAAAUAACACCAGUGUCGUCUGCUUGGUGGGAAGCAGGCUUUUGAUGGAAAAACAGCACUAGAUGAAGGAACUAAGAAGUAAUGCUGAUGAAGACUCCAGGCGUUUCUGUCACAAGGAGCUGACAAAGAAUACUGUUCAAUGAUCAGAACUCUGGAAGCAAAGAAAAGGAAAUGAAGUGUCCUGCAUGGUACAAAUUGUGUCUUGACUUUCUGUUCACAAAAGCAGGAAUCUGUGUUAAUUCCAUACAAAACCAAUGUACUUUAACAAAAAAACUUUGUUUUGCAGUAACAUAAAUAAUUGUAAUAAUAAUAUGGUAAUAUGCCAUUAUCAUCUUUCUUUGAAGUGUUAUCAGCUAUUUUCUUUUAAAUGCUAUGUAAUUUUAUCACGUUGACAAAGAUAUGUCAUUUCAAGAUGAACAAGCAAAUCUUUUGCUGCAGAUUUUAAGUUAAUAAUUUGCCUUUGUCAUGUUUCCAUUCUUCAGUUAAUAAAAAACCAAUCAUAUUCUGAA